AAGAGAGUGUGUGUACUGUGUGAAGGCGAAGAAAGAGAGAUGACAAGUAGGGGGUACUGUUACAAGGAUGUGCUGCCAUUCACAACCUUGGUGACCAUGGAGUGCGUUAAUGUAGGCUUGAAUACCUUAUUCAAAGCGGCUACAGUCAAAGAGUUUAUCAGUUACCAUGUAUUCGUCGCUUACGCAUAUGCAGUUGCAGCUCUCCUUCUCCUCCCCUCACCCUUCUUCUCCCACAGAUCAAGAGUGGUACCUCCACUUAAUUUCUCCAUCAUAUGCAAAUUCUGCCUCCUUGGCCUAAUUGGGUAUACAUCUCAAAUCACGGGAUUCAUAGGCAUCAAUUACAGUUCUCCAACACUUUCUUCGGCCAUCAGCAACCUGGUCCCUGCUUUUACCUUUAUUCUUGCCAUCAUUUUCAGGAUGGAAAAACUAGCAUUGAGAAGCUCAAGCAGUCGAGCUAAAAUCAUAGGAACCAUAUUAUCAAUAUCAGGGGCGUUUGUUGUGGUUCUCUAUAAAGGUCCACCAGUCAUAGUGACUUCAUUUCCUUCCAUUUCGCUUCGUCAGCCGCUGCGCUCACCAGGCUCAAACUGGGUCAUUGGCGGCCUUUUCCUUGCCACACAGUAUAUUUUGGUGCCAGUGUGGUACAUUGGUCUGGUGCAAAUGAUGAAGGAGUAUCCAGCAGAACUGAGUGUAGUCUUCUUUUACAACUUAUGCGUUAGCAUCCUUGCUGCAAUUGUAGGUUUAAUUGCGGAACCAAACUUGAAUGCUUGGAGAAUCAGACUUAAUAUAGCAUUGCUCUCUAUUUUAUGCUCGGGGAUCUUCGGAUCAUGCUUGAACAUUGCUGUCCACACAUGGGCAUUGCGCGUGAAGGGCCCAGUCUAUGUUGCAAUGUUCAAGCCAUUGUGUAUUGCCAUUGCAGUUGCCAUGGGGGUCAUGUUCCUCGGUGAUACUCUUUAUCUCGGAAGUGUUAUAGGAGCAACAAUAAUAUCAAUUGGGUUUUACACAGUAAUGUGGGGAAAAGCAAAGGAAGAGAUGGAUGAUGAUAACAUUGAAAUUGGUAACUUGGAAUCGCCUUCAGCACAAAAAACUCCACUGUUGCAGAGUUAUAAAAAUCGAGGAGAAUAGUGCAGAAAACCAGAAGCCCGGUACCAAUCGUUAAUCCUCUAGCAGCAUGCAUUGUGGAACAUCAAAGGUGUUCUUGUUCAUACUCCAAGCUUAGCACUAGUCAAAAGGUGUCAAAAUAUGCAUUAGAUUCAUAGUUAUGUAUUUUAUUUAUAUGUAUGUAUGUGUAAUGCAUAGAUUGUGAGUUUGUAUGCACUUGUGCAUAAGCAACAUCAGGUUUAGUACUUUUUAGUGCAUCAAAAUGAGCUUUGAUGAACCUGUAACACUUCACGUUGAAAUGUAAUGUCUAUUAAAUUUAGAUGCCAA